GGGAGCCUGCCCCGGCCGCCCACGGAGCCCCCGGCGCUUGUCUCCGCGCAGAAGUUCCUGCUGCACCGGCUCUUCUUCGUGGCCAGGCUGCCCGAGGGCGCUGACAGCGGCGAAGUCACAGGUUACCAUGAAAGGCUGUUUCAGAACAUAUUGAAAUACCACCUUGGAGAGCCCGUCUCAGGUCUGCUGCUGCUUUACCCCAACUCCAUUCUUCAUAUUGUAGAGUCCUCCAGUGGCACAAUCUAUCGUAUUCUCCACGAUCUAGCUUCUCUCCAAAGUCAAGGUCCUAGUGCUUUGCUACAGGAAAUUAAGAUUUUAGUGGUGUCACAUAACAUCCCAACCAAGCUGUUCCUGCAGUGGUAUGUCACUAUGGUGACUCUGCCUGUGACAUACCUGGAAGAUGUGACACAAUCACAGUCUACAGAAGAGGUUGUCACCGAGUGCUUUACUCUCCUGCUGAAACUGGGUGCCUACAUUUCAAAGACAUUUAAGGUUAGCAGCAAGGCAUUGGGCAACAACCUACACACACUUGUACCCAACCUCCUAAUCCCAGCAGAGACCAUUAACUAUUUGUGUAAUGCCAAGGACUGUCUGAGUCCAGAGGAGUUCCUGAAAAUGUAUAAGGGCCCUUUACAGCCAGCCAUGGACUCAGAAACCGUGUGGCCUACCCCUGGUCAUCUGUUUGCCUAGACACAUCAGACCCUAUCCAAAGCAUUCUUCCUUAGCAUUUGAGCAUGUAGUCAUAGGGCAAACAGCAGAGAAACAAAAGGAGCACAGAAGAACACAGAGCUAGCGUGGAGAUCGGACACAUGGUAGAAGAGGGGUAGUCAUUAGCCCCCUGGUAUUGGCAUGGAAAUACAUGGGAAGGAGUCAGAAGGCCUUCAGUGCAAGUCACCUGUUGAUCAUCUGCCAAACUGUACGCAAAUAAAGAGACACUUUUAAAC